GAUUUUGUUGUGGUGUGGGUGAAGGUUCCAAAAAAAAAAAAAAAAAAAGAAGCAAAAAGAAAAGAAAAGGGGGAAGGCGAGGGAAGGCCGUCUUAUUAGCUGUGUACUCUCAGUCGCAUCGCCCAUACGCGUCCUUCUUCCGUUUCCAAUUUCCUGACCCGUACCCAGUAGAGAAAAAGGAAGAAAGACGUGUCUAUUUUUUUUUUUCCCCUUAUUUAUUAUUGUUAUUACAGUUUAUUUUGUCGACAGCUUUUGGCUCUUCGCAGACCAAAGAAAGUUGCUUUUUCGGUCACGGCCUCGGGCGGGGAAUUAAGCCUUUUUUUUUCCUCAUUUCUUCCUGUUUUUUCUCUCCUAUUUUUGCCAUGACAAAGAGCAGAUUUUAGCUCAAGUAACCCAAACGUGUACCAAGCAUGCCUGCCCCAAGCAAUCGAAAUUGCACAGCCCAAUAAACCAAGUUGUAUUCUCAUGAGGGACGUUUAGGAGCAAGAUGAUUGAUCAAUUUAUCAACUUUGUCAUUCGUCCUCCCAGGGCAGAGUACAACCCAGAUCAGUAUCUUUGGGAAAGGGACUUCACUCUUGCAGGAAGAACAUACAAACGAGAAGACUUGGAGCUUAGAAAUGCGAGGGGCCAUACAUUGCUGUGUAGUCAUUAUCUACCUUCACGACUCCCUGAAGACACCCCUCUUCCUUGUGUUAUAUACUGCCACGGAAACAGUGGAUGUAGAGCAGAUGCAAAUGAGGCUGCCGUAAUUCUUCUUCCAUCAAAUAUAACCGUUUUUACUCUUGAUUUUUCGGGUUCAGGCUUAUCUGAUGGUGACUAUGUCAGCCUUGGUUGGCAUGAGAGAGAUGACCUGAAGGUUGUGGUGUCAUAUUUGAGAAGUAACAAACAAAUAUCGCGGAUAGGUCUUUGGGGAAGAUCUAUGGGUGCAGUCACUAGCCUUCUUUAUGGAGCAGAGGACCCCUCUAUAGCUGGAAUGGUGUUGGAUAGUGCCUUUUCAAGCUUGUAUGAUCUAAUGAUGGAACUUGUGGAUGUAUAUAAAAUUCGGCUCCCUAAAUUCACUGUCAAGAUGGCAGUACAGUAUAUGCGACGGGUUAUUGAAAGGAGGGCAAAGUUUGAUAUUAUGGAUCUUAAUUGCUUACAGGUUGCACCCAAAACAUAUAUUCCUGCUUUAUUUGGACAUGCUAGUGAUGAUAAAUUCAUUCAACCCCACCACUCUGACCUUAUUUUUAAGUCCUAUGCGGGGGAUAAAAAUAUUAUAAAAUUCGAUGGUGAUCACAACUCCUCACGACCACAGUUCUAUUAUGAUUCCGUUUCCAUUUUCUUCUACAAUGUCCUUCACCCUCCUCAAAUUUCUACCGCUCAUUCAAGUAAGCUUGAGAAAUAUUAUGAUUUGGGGGAUUUGAAAGUUGGUGCUGGCAUGGAUGAGAGCCUCUUGUACGAGAUAAUCACUGGUCUUCAUUCUGCUGGUACUGAUGCUGGGAGUUCAUCUUCUGCUCCUCCUAACAUUUCAACCACAAAGUCUGUUGGUGAACUUCUUUCUGAAAUUGCACCAGUGGCUACUGUUGAGUCGAUGGUUAAUGAAAAUAAUUCACUUAACAGUCUUGAGACAUCACUUUUACAGGAUAAGCCCAAUGGCCAGAAUGAAGAAUGUUGCUCAUAUACAAGCUCAAAUAGAGAAAGUUGGGGAAGAUGCUCUUCUCUAGGAGGCAGUGAUGAAGAAGAAUCUUCUGCUGAUUGUGCAGCAGCUGAUAACGGCCAUCAGGUCUCUCUCUCUCUCUCCAAAACGGCUAAUGAUAUUUGUACACACAUUGUGUGUACACACAAGACAACUCUUGAGGUUUUUGCAACACCUCUUCGGAACAUGGAACAGAAAUCCUCAGACCCAACAAAAGAGGAAAAGAAGAAGAAGACUACAAUGGUUCCAAAGAAGCCUAAAAGCGAGAAAUUUGAGAAGUUAGAGGCCCUUAGCAAACGACUACGUCUCUGCUUUCUGAAGCGGGUAAACCAUCAAAGGCAUCGCUCUUCGUGACUCUUGUACUAUGAAAUGGUGUUUGUAACUAUAGCCCAGGUGGUGUCCAUUUGGUUUCUUGAUGAAAGGCAUUGAGGCAUGAAUGUGUUUCUGUGAUUUCUUAGUGCCAUUUCAUCAAACAUUUGGUUUUGUGGAGAUAUGCAUUAUUGAAAAUUUCCUCUC